AUGUGGACGAAGAGAUACCUUAACCUGACAGACGAUCACCCAAGAUGGGCAUAUAUCGUCGAUGUACUCUUCAGCAAAAACGUGUCAAAAGACGCAGGAGCAAUUAAGAAGAACGCACAGAUAAAUACCUUCCUACAAGCCUGGAACCCAUCAACAGGGAGAGGAUCCUGCCUCCCUGGAUACCUAAGACAAAUGCUGAAGACAGCGAAAAGAUACAACGUCAGCUUCGAGGCAGUGAAACUGGACGAACAAAUGAAGAAGGCGCUACCCAUAUGGUACCACCUAGGAGCAACAAAGCUCCUACGACGCCUAAACAACACAACAACAAGCAAUUGCCUUCGAGAUGUCCACGGAGUGACCUACGUCGCCGAGCUCUUCAAACUCAUCCAACGGCCAUGCUACAUUAAAGCUGUAGAGACCUCCAACGACUUUGUCCCUCACUGCGACUGCAACGACUGCGAGAAAGACAUGGAACAAGGAUGCAGACACCCGCUGAGAUGCUGCAAAGCGGCCAGCGCCCUCCUAAGACAAGUUAAUAGGAAGUGGAACCCAACGAUGGACACAUCCCCAGACGGCCUAUCACUAACGAAGAGGCGCAAGGAGACAAACGCCAACGCCCUACAGGACAAGGGAGACGUCCUCUUCGACCCCUCCCUCACAACAAGAGGCCCAGUAGAAGAAGCCUUCCGAGUCUUUGUAGACCCGGAAGUACAUGAAAAACCACCAGCAAUAAGAGAACGAAGAGGGAGAAUCGUACCCAAAGAAGGUGUAACAGCAUACGUGUCGGGC